AAAGAAAAACAUUAAUUCAAAAUAUAAAAGCCAACAAAGCCCUUUGACAACAAUAAUUAAGCAACAAACCGUAAUAAUGUCUGUCAUUGUCUCUUUGUCUAUCACACGCCACUAAUUCAAUCUCCCUUUUGCUUUUAUAUAUGGAUGAUCAUUUACAUAAACAAUAAAAACCAUACUUUUUCUUUCUUUCUUUUUAAUUUCCACAUACAAAUUAAAACAUAGUAGUAUUAUAUUGUUCUUAGUGCAUAAAUAUUAACCUAUAUAUCAUUAAUUUCUUACGUGAUCCUCGAUUUCGGUCGAUUUUUCGUAUAAUUGAAGAUGGCGAAUUCCUUCGACGAAGAGUGUGAUUAUCUGUUCAAAGCAAUCCUCAUAGGUGAUUCGGCGGUGGGGAAGUCGAAUCUAUUGUCGAGGUUUGCAAAGGAUGAGUUCAGCUUGGAUUCAAAGCCAACCAUCGGAGUCGAAUUCGCGUACCGGAAUAUUCGGGUGGGCGGUAAGCUGAUCAAGGCUCAGAUAUGGGAUACUGCUGGCCAAGAAAGAUUUCGAGCAAUCACGAGUUCAUAUUACAGAGGGGCACUAGGCGCCCUACUAGUGUACGACGUAACAAGGAGGUCAACAUUCGAGAGCUUGAGAAGGUGGUUGAAGGAGCUGAGGGAAUUCGGCAGCCCCGAAAUGGUUGUGGUUCUCGUUGGAAAUAAAUCCGAUUUAGAGGGAUCGAGGGUGGUUAAGUUAGAAGAUGGCCGGAGUUUGGCCCAACUCGAACAAGUUUCUUUUAUGGAAACUUCAGCUAAGGACAAUUUGAAUGUUGAAGAUGCAUUUAUAGAAAUGAUCACUAGGAUUUAUGAAAUCACAAGUCAUAAAAAAGGCCUAGAGGCUAAGGAAUGUGACCAAGACACCACUACUACAAGUGUUCAAAUAUUACAAGGGAAGAAGGAAAUUUUAUGUAUUGAUGAAGUAUCUGCCACUAAACAAACUAGGACUUGUUGCUCCUAUUGAACUUUUAAAGAUUUUUUUUUUUUUU